UCAUCGUUGGAACACACAAGUCCGACGUGUGGUUGCCAUUAGAAAUUGAUUUCCAGUUGCCUGGCAACGUUCAGUUUAAGUUACCACCAUGAAAGCCAUGCCUGACCGGCAGUUAGUCGACUGCAAGUUACGUGGCGCAAGGUGUAAGCAUGGGCUUGUCAGACUUGGAAACGAUACCCGAAUCGGGUGCAGUGUUCACGGUCGGUCGAAGCAGAUUCGCAGACAACAUUGCAUCGCAUUUCUUUAUACGAAAGGAUCCUGUAAUUAGCAUUACAUGCGGGGACGAACAUUCUGCUGUGAUUUGUCAAAGCGGCAGACUGUUCGUCUUUGGAAGCAAUGAUUGGGGUCAGCUUGGUCUUGGUCAUAGAAACCACAUUAGUAAACCAUCUUGUGUAAAAGUUCUGAAGCCGGAAAAGGUCACACAUGUCGCGUGUGGACGAGCACACACACUAAUUUGCACAGGAGAGCAAAAGAUUUUUGCCUGCGGCACCGAUCAAGAAGGCCAACUAGGUCGAGGAACAUCAGCUAUCGGUGAUUUUUCAAGUUCUCCUGUAUUGGUAUACGAUUCAGGAUUGGCUGGAUCAAAGAUACUUCAACUUGCUGCCGGUUCUCAUCAUUCCCUCGCUCUUAUCAGCGACGGGGGUGUGUUUGCAUGGGGCAGUAAUCUCGAAGGACAAUUGGGCUUGCCCGAUGUCUCCGGUUUGGUUAACAAACCAACGAAAGUGCAGAUUCCCGAACCUGUAAAACAAAUUAGCGCCGGUUAUUACCAUUCUGCAUUUUUAACAGAAAGCGGUUCGGUUUACGUCUGUGGCGAGUCAGAAAGUGGAAAAUUAGGGAUCAAUGUCAAUUUUUCCACGCAAGUUACCCCGAAACAGAUGCAAUUACCUAGCCCUGCUGUUCAUGUAGCGUGCGGUGGCCACCACACAGUUAUUUUAGUUGAAAACGGAAAUGUAUAUUGUACCGGAAGUAAUUCGAAUGGACAGCUCGGUUUAGGAACAAAUGUCACGGAGCUUCAGACACCGAAGCUUCUAUCACGUGGGAUGUUACAAAACGAUACAAUCAGUCGGAUUUCUUGCGGAGAAAGUCAUACAGCUAUUGUGACUGGGUCUGGGAAACUUUUCACAUGUGGCGAUGGAAGACACGGAAAAUUAGGGUUGGAAGAAAACGAGAACAACGUUCACGAACUAACUUUCGUUCAACGAUAUAAAGAACUCUUUGUAUCAAAGGUUGCAUGCGGUGGCUGUCAUACAAUUUUGGUUGGCCAAAGGCGAGAAACAGAUAAUUAUGCAGAAAGAGAUAAAGAAACUUCACAAACGGAACACGUUCAGAAAAGAAAUUCUCUUCCACCUUUAAAGCUUCCUGUAAAUAUAUUGCAAACAGAGCCUCACGAGGAUACAAUAAAAGCGCAAAUAAAUCCAGAAAACACUGAUCUUCCAUCAACAAUUAAAACAGAAUUAGACAAUGUAACGAAUAACGAGGAAAAUAUGAACAGCGUUACAGAUUCGAUGAAUAACAUCGAAAAAGUGGAGAGUCCGAAAGAAUCUUCGAAUGGUACAAAACAGAAGACAUCAGAGAGCACAGGAAAUGAAAUGGAACCGGAAAGGGCAUCAAAAGAAAUGCCAGAAGUCGCCGAAGAGUCUAAGGAAUCGAAAGUACAGAAUGAAAACCACGAAUCAAUAAAUGAAAACAAAAAAGUCGAACCGAAAGUAGAUGAAGAGAACAAUAUUAAAGAGGAGACUACUCCUGAAGAAACUAAUACCGAACAAAAUAAUAAAGAGAACAAUAAUGAAAUGUCAGAGAAUGAUGCUGCAGAUCACAAAGAAAUCAGUGAAAAAGAUACUGCGAUAGAUAAUAAGUCAAAUACUGAGAAGAAUGAUAUUCCAGAAUCAAUGAAUGAAAAAAUAGAAUCGAAAGAUACUAAUGAUGACAAAGAAAAGACGAAUGCUGAGAAACAAAUGUCUCCUUCCAGUUCCACACCACCGCCAAAACCACCGAGAUUAAAGCCUGGAAGUGGGAACAGUACAUCCGGUGAGAGAACAUCAUCGAUGGAAAAAGAAGAAGAAAAUGACAAGGUGGAAGAUGAUGAGAGAAAAGAAGAUACCACGGAGAAAGAGGCAGAAACAAAGGAAGACAAUGAAGUGAAGAAACAGGAGACGAGUUCUAUGAAAUCUUCAACGAAGAAACAGGAGUCGAGUUCUAUGAAAUCUUCAGCGAAAAGUAAGAGUUCCAAGUCGACGAGAUCGAUAGUAGACACAGAAGACGCGAUAGAAAUCGACAAGCAGGAUGACAAAGAGAAAACUGUUGAAGCAGAAAGGAUGAAUAAUGACAUUGCUCAGGACGAUGCUGAUGUUGUACAAUCACCGGCGCCAAGAACUGGAGGUAGAAUGUCCAAGAUAUUUAAGGCUAAGAAACCACAAGGAGUAGAAAACGGCACAAAAAGCACUGGUGCUGUAAAUCACAAACCCAAGUCGAAAACGUGUAGUAUCCUGUGAUCAAGAUUUCUCUGACAAUGUAUCAUACUUCAUUACAUUUUUUAUAAUAAUAAAUGCAUGAUAAUAGUGAGAUUGGGACCAAGGCGAGUGAUAUUGAAAAGUGACUUCAUUUAUAAUUAAAAAUAAAUUUCUUUCCAUUACACUCAUAUGUAUCCUGUUGAUUCAACAUUAUAACGAUUAUCUGCUUUCUUCUAUUUUCUAAAUAAUUUUAAUAAAUAAUUUUAAUCGAACAUCGACGUAAUAUAUGUACAAAGUGAGAAAUCUGACAGAAAUUCCUUCAAGAGUAUUAUUUUUGAAUUCUAAACCACCGAAAUUUUUUUAUUUCCUAAGGAGAGAAUUCUUGGAAUAUUGAAAGAUUAAUAACUAUGAUCCAGAACAAAUUAAAGAUUUUUUAAAAAUAAUAUUGUAAUACUGUAAUAAAAAGUGAUCUAUUUAAGUGAUUUAUGAAUUUUUCAGAUUUCUCAUAACAAGUUCCUUCAAUGAAUUCAUGAAAUAUCAUUUUAACAA